AUGGUUAUACCCGAGUCUGUACAAUUUGCCUUGUCUACAUUAUCAUGGACCCUAAGAGCUGGAUGUCUAGCUCACAUAAUACACGAGAAUGUCUACGAGUUCACCGAAACGAGAGGUGAAUCGAUGCUCCCCACGGUUCAGAACCAACACGACUAUGUCCAUGCAUUCAAGAAAUACAAGCUAGGAAGGAAUUUGGAAAUGGGCGAUUGUGUCGUUGCGAUGAAACCGAGUGAUCCGUCACAUAGAAUAUGCAAACGCAUUACUGGUAUGCCAGGAGACAUUGUAUUGGUUGAUCCAUCAUCUUCCUCAUUCUUGACAAAUACCCCUACAGAAGCGACACAACAUGAUGGGUUUAACAAGUUCAUAAAGGUACCCGAAGGACACGUAUGGUGCACUGGUGAUAAUCUAUGCCAUUCGUUAGACUCAAGAUCAUACGGAGUGCUUCCAAAGGCACUCAUCACAGGAAAAAUCGUGGCUGCCAAUUCAAUGAAUGACGGGGUACGCGGGUUCUUCAAUUUUAGAUGGAUAAAGAACACGUUUGUCGAUGAAAGUUUGAGUAAAGAGUAG